UUUUCUUUUAAGAUGGAAGCUAAUUUCAAUUUUAAUAACCGGUGUUGUAUUGCCCUUUGUCUAGCCAAACAAUCAGACAUCUCAUUAUCACAAGUUAAAAGUCAACUACUUGGGCAGCUUUCUAAUGGAAUUGAAAAUAUACCUUUUAAUCAUAAUGUUCGUUCAGCAUUGUUAUCAACAGGAAUUUAUCUACUAUAUUCAUCUGGAAAGCACGUUGAAGUACUAUCAAAAUUCUUGUCUGAUUCACUUCUUUUAUUGCCUCAAUUGCGGUGAAAUUACCAUUCACGAGCAAUUUACAUUUUGUUUCAAUACAAUUCUUGCUGAUCUGGCUGCACACUUCCCACAUGUUAGAGAUAUCAUAAUUAAUUCACAAAUUCAACUUUUGGAACAACUUACUUCCAAAAUUACCAAUUUUAAUGAAAAAGAGGACAAUCAUCAAAAUGUAGGAGAUGAAAAUAAAAUUGAGGAGAAAGGCGAUUUGAUGAAAAUUGCAUGUAUAACAAUUGGCCUUUUACGAUCAAUGGGCCGCUUUAGUGAUCAACUUUCUUUGCCACUCUUUUCAUUUAUCUAUCCAAAACCUUUCGAUAUGCUUUCUAAAAGAAACGAUGACGAACCGCAAUGCACAUCAAGCUUAAAAGAAUCUAAUCUUCAACGCAAAUUAUUUACUCGACAUGGAAGCAGUUUUGUAAAUACAAGGAGGAAAGGAACAGCAAAAUUUUCUUAUUGUUUUGAUGAAAUUUGUCGGUUGAAUGUUAAUAUCAAAAAACUUUUAAAUUUUGAUUUCUUGAAGAAACUGGAUUUGUAUUCCGAACAAGUUUUUCAGAGCUCUGAAUUACGCAAAUUUCCUUACAAAACAAUUUCUGAAACUUUUAUUCUUGUUUCACUUACAUUUUUUAGAGACAUUUUAACUAAUUUUACAAUUGGAGAAAAGGAUGGUGAUAUAUCAGAAAGAUUUGCUAAUGAGCUUAACGAUUUCACCCUUUCAAUUUUUAAAUAUUGCCAAGAAGCAAUAACUGUUCAAAGUCAAUUAGAUGAUCGAUCACAGUCAAAUACACUUGAUAAGAGAGCAAAAAAUACUGCUUACAGAAGUACAAUUUUUGAUAAAGAAAUUAUUGUUAAUCGUGUAAAAAUGUUGGUUAUUGGCAACUCGAUUUGUCUGGAAUUAAUUGUAUGGAGUUCUACUGACGAAAAUGAUGGUGAUAUGAUUUGUGGAACAAUUUCUGACAAAAUGUGGAUGCCACACAAACAUGUAUUGGCUCAUAUGCCUGUUAAUGUUAUGGCUCUUGAAGCAUUGGGAAGUAUGUCUGAAAAGUUUCCAGCUUUGGCAAAUACAUUAAUUAUUAGUUUAUUAUGUAAAUUUUUAUUGGAACCUUGUCCAAUUCUUCUAAAAAUUUCAUCUGAACCAAAAUCAAAGAAUGACCAACAACAAGAAUCUCGAGGGCGAACUGAAAUAAUUGCUGCAAGAAAAAGAAUUGGUCUUUCUAGCCUUCGCUCUUCUGCAAUUAAUUCACUUUCACGUGCUUUAAAAUCGGCCAUGACAAUUGAUAAAAAUAGACUACAAGCCUGUUUUACAACUUUAUCUUCACGUCUUUAUACUAUUUUGUCUGAAAACGAUAGGAAUUCUGUUCUAAUUUCUGAGAAUGUUAUUAGUACAUUGGGAAAAUUGGGUGUUUCUUUUAUGGAUGAUCCAACAUCUUCUGAGCAAAUAUUCCAGAUUUUUUAUCAACGCUUUUCGAAUCCACCUUCUCAAUUGGAUAAUCAUAUUAUUUCCUCGUUGGCAGAUAUGUGGAUUUCUGGAACGAAAAUUAUUUAUGAUAAAAUAAUGAAAUUAUUUACGUUAGUAACAAUUGAAUCAAGUAGCCGUGUUUAUUCAACAGAUCCAACAUCUAGCAGAUUUUCACAUGUUACACUUUCUGUUGAUAAUGCUUUGGCAAGAAUUGCGUGUUCAAUUGAAUCUGAAGAACAGAAAAUGACUUUUUUGAUAAACUUACUUGAGCUUUUUAUUCAAUUGGGACUUGAAGGUGAACGUAUUGGAGAGAAAAUGCAUAAAUUCACUGUAAAGAAAUCUGCUGGCGCGGGCAAUUUGGGUGUUCUUAUUCCAAAAAUUAAUUCUUUAUUGGAUCGAAUGGAACCGAUAAAAGACCCUUCAAUUCGACUGAAAAAUCAUUUUAGAGAUUUUUGGUUUUAUUGUGUAAUUCAUGGUUUUGCAUUUCCUUCAGGAUUAUGGCCAGAAGAAUGGUAUAAAGCUAUUUGUAAAAUUGCUGUUAAAUCGCCAACUCUUUUACCAAUUGAUAAUUUUAAAACUGAAAUGAUUGAAAAUACAGCAAUAAAAUUGCAAGGAAUUACACAGGCAGAACUUUUGGAAGUACGUAAUUUACUUUCAACAGAAUUUAAACAAAAUGCAGAAGUUUCAACAAUUAUUUCAAGACUAGAUAUUGGUUAUUGUGUUUAUUUAUUAGCUAUUUGUCGUCUCGAGAAAAUGCGUGUAAGCAAUUCGGAACAAUUGGAUUCUAUUAGAUCUAAUUUUCUUUAUCUUGAAAACAGAGGUGUACGAAAAGACAAAACAGGCAUUUGGCAAUGUCUUUUGGCUAGUUCUAUAAUUAUUUUUGACGAAUUUCUUUCAGUAAGAAUGAGAAAAAAUUCAACAAAUGAUUCAAAAAUAAGAAAAGAAUUGGAGGUUAUGUCACAAUAUUUGCUUGUUCAAUUUAACAAUAUUUUGCGAGAAAUUCGGCGAGUUGCCGACGUUUGUUUGGCAAAAUUAAUUGAUUCAUUUCCUUUUCUUCUUUGGAGUGGAACUGUUUUGACUACAGCUCUUCAAAUAAUGAAAUCUUUAAUUAAAAAUAUUGAGGAAGAUGCUUGUUGUACACAAUCUACAAUUGAAUUUCCGCAGAUGGGAUUAUCGAUACAGUUACAGGAUUUUACUAAAAGGUGUGAACAAAUUUUAUGUGAAGCAGUUAAAUGGGCUCCAGGACUAACAAAUAGUCAUUUACUUGAGUUUAUACGCUCUGCUGAUUCAAUUACUGACAAAAGCCUUCGUCUUACAAUCAACACUGUUUUGGCUUGUACUAAACGUGAAAUGAUUAAUUCUCUUUUUGUUGGAGGCACAACAUCAUCUGCAAUGUUUACUACAACAUCAACAACUAAUACUGAUUCAGUAUCUAUUGGAAGCAUUAUGAUAAGCACUGAUAAUCUUGUAAGUAGCGGACCUGUUGAUAUUUCAACAUACUUGUCUGCUCUAAAUCAACGUUCUGAUUAUUUGGGUCAAAUUAAAGGAAUGUUUGAAAUGAUGAAGAAACAAAAUUAUAUUUAUAAUCCAGAUAUUUGUGUUGAUAUUGAAGAAGCUACUCAUAAAUCACUUUUGGAUUAUCUUGAAGAACAAUUUGAAACAGCUUUAAAAACAAAUGAACCAAAUUGUUUAGAAAAACCUUUACAAUUAAUGACUGCUUAUUUUAUGGUCUGUAAAGAAAUUAAUCAAAAAAUACUUCGGUCAAUUAUUCUCGCACCUUUUCGUCAUUUCACAGAACAAACUAUGCGUCUUUGUGUAAUAUGUUGGAAUUGGAUAUUAGCUACUAGAGAGGAUAUACAAAUUGAUUUUCUUCAACAAAUGUCAACCUGUUGGGAACUUGUUGCUAAACGUUCUAUGGGAAUAUUUAAUCGUGAUUUUGAUAAAUUUGAUAGUCCAGUUUCUAUAGAAAAUGCUUUAAAGAGGCCACAUGCAGAUACAGGACCGCAUAAUAUUUGGAUUAAUUUUUUAACUGAACGAGUUAGUCUGGCAAAAUAUUGUGGACAAGAGCAGAAUGAUCUUUUAGAAAUGAUGUUUCUGAAAACUUUUUCAAUGCAAGUUGGUGAUAAUUCCCCAGUACCAAAUUUAGCUAUCGACAAAAUUAUGUUUUCAUCAUUAUUCGAUGCGAAGACUAAAACACCACUUAUUUCAAGAAAUAUCAGUGCUUUGGGUCCUCGAUUUCGCUUACUUUCAGCUGCUCUUACAAUGGUUCAAGGUGAAGCUGGUGGAUCAAGAAUUUCUAAAAAUGUUCUUCGACAACGAAUAUAUUCUGUUGCUUUUGACUAUUUUACUGUUGCACCUCAAACGCCUUUACAUAGAGGACAUAUUCUUCAAAAUGAUAUAACAAGUCUUGUUGGGUUUUGGCAGGCGUUGUAUGCUGAUUCAAAAUAUAUUAGAAGAGAAACAUUUACAACAAAUGAUCCUGAAUUAAGUUUUACAAAUCUACAGCAAAUUGUUAAUAAUGUUCAAUAUUCAAAUGAGGCUUCCAAAUUCCAAACGUGGAAUUCUAUGCCUCGUGCCUCUUCUGUUUGGUCAAAUGCUGCAACAAUUUCUGAAAGUCGUAAUCAUGCAGCUGGAGUGGCUGUUUCUUCUAAUGCAGAUUCUCUUGGCAGACCACAGAGUAAAACUAAUGGUGAAAUUGCUCAACUAAUUGAUAAACAAAUGAAAAAUCUUUUGAGAAAACGGCAGCUUAUUUUGAUAUAUUUGAUCAAUGAAAUUGAGAGAUUAUAUGCUUGGUUAUAUCCUCGCGGAGAUUUAUUAGAACCUGGGGAAGUGGAAUUUGAUCAAUACUUGAAGAAUACUUUAGGUGGUGAGCUUCAAUCUAAACCUGAUCAAAAACAAAUGAGAGAAAAUGCCAAAUUUGCAUGGGAGAUUUCACCUGAAAUGGCUGUUCAUAUGGCUUCAAGGUUUCGAAUGUAUUCUAUUGUCAACAUUGUUUUACAAGAAUUAGUUCGAGCAUAUCCAGAGGAAGUUUCACAUAUGCCAGAAGCUUUGCCUUUGUUUCUUGGAGAUCCACUUACAAAUUAUGAAAGAAUUGAGUUAACUCAUCUUUUGACAUGGGCUCGUUGUUCUCCGGUACAAGCUCUUUCUCUGCUCUGCCCUCGUAUUCAUAGUAUACACCCAAUUAGUAUUAAAUAUGCUGUUAGAGUUUUAAAAUCUUAUUCAUGUGAUGUACUUAUUCAAUAUAUACCUCAACUUGUACAAACAGUCAGAUGGGAUUAUAAUGGUUUUAUUGCAAAUUUUAUUCUCCAUCUAGCAGCACAUUCUCAACCUUUAGCUCACCAACUUCUAUGGAACAUGCAUUCAAAUAUGUAUAUUGAUGAAGAAGCAAAAGUAGAAGAUCCAAUUAUGUAUAAACCACUCAAAGAAAUUGUUAAUAAGAUUUUGAGUCGUUUGGAAGGAGCAGCACGUAACUUUUACCUGAGCGAGUCUGAUUUUGUUGAUCGAAUAACAAACAUUUCUGGCAUUAUAAAAUCUGUUCCAAAAGGAGAAGCUCGCAAAAAAGCUUGUUUUAAAGCAUUAACAGAAAUUAAGCUUACUUCAAUUGUGUACUUGCCAUCAAAUCCAGAUUAUAUUUUGCUUGAAAUUGAUUAUCCUUCUGCAAGUCCAAUGCAAAGUGCUGCAAAGGCUCCUUAUCUAGUCCAAUUCAAAAUGCGAUAUUGUGGGGUUGAAUCUGUUGAACGAAUUGCUUUAGAAACAUAUCAACAAACUACACCAGAACAUGUAGCAACAAGCAACAAAGGACAUCAUCGAAAAUCAUCAAAAACUAAAAAUCUUCUAAAUUUUUCACCUUCUCAUUCAUCUACAAAAAAUGACUCAAAUAACUCUAUAUUAGAAGCUUCUCCAAUAUUGGCAACUUUAUCUAAAGAAAAUUUUGUAAUUGAUGGAGUUGGUGAUGAUGUUCGUCAAGAUGUUUUGGCACUCCAAUUAAUGCAACUUAUUGAGAAAAUUUGUAGAACGGCAAGCAUAGAUAUUCAAUUAUUUCCAUAUAAAGUAGUUUCUACAAAUCCUGGAUGUGGUGUGAUUGAAUGUGUUCCUGAUUCGAAGUCUAGAGAUCAACUUGGCAGACAAACAGAUUAUGGUUUAUUUGAGUAUUUUGUCACUAAAUAUGGAGAUGAAACUACCAAAGGAUUUCAACAUGCUAGGAGGAAUUUCAUUAAAAGCAUGGCCGCAUAUAGUGUGUUUAGUUUUCUCCUUCAAGUAAAAGAUAGACACAAUGGCAAUAUUAUGUUGAAUUCUGGUGGAUCAAUCAUUCACAUUGAUUUUGGGUUUAUGUUUGAAAGUAGUCCUGGUGGAAAUUUAGGAUUUGAACCAGAUUUCAAAUUGUCACAAGAAAUGGUUGAUAUAAUGGGCCACAGAGCGGAUUCUGGUCCUUUUCGAGAAUUUGCUGACAAAUGUGUUCAAGAUUUUAUUGCUCUUGUUUCAAUGAUGUUAGAUACAAAAUUGCCUUGUUUUAGAGGAAAAACAAUUCAACAACUUCGAAGCAGAUUUGCACCUGAAGCCACUGACAGAGAGGCUGCAAAAUAUAUGAUGAGUAUAAUAAAUAGUUGUUAUACAAAUGUCAGAUCAAAAAUGUAUGAUCAAAUUCAAUUUCUUCAAAAUGACAUUCCCUAUUAA